UAUCAGGGUAGAUAUGCCUAGCCAAACUGUCUCAUUCUGGCUAAGUACGCCAACUUACAGGAAGUAUGGAAUGAGUAAGUAGAGCAUUCUAUUGACUAUAAUGACGAAAUACAUGACUUCCGGCUUCAAUCGUCUACGGAACCGAUCACGAAUAGUUUAAGCAUUACAUGAAUAUCGUAUUAACCCGGAACAUCUAGUGUUAUCUUUCUUUUUGUCUACCUAACAAGAUCGUAUAUUUAACUAUUUGCGAGAUAAUACUCAGCCUCUAUUACGUUUCAUGAAAUCAUGGGUGACCCAAAUGGCCGAGAUCAGCAGAAUGGAUCUUUACCAGAACAUUAUUUUAUGUUCAGAGAUCAGAUUCUGGGUGCGCAGAUUCUAAAUAAUCAUGGAGGUAUUAAUGCAUUGCAAGAUCAAAUUGGAUUGCAAUACCCUGGUAAUUUACCAGGUUCGUCAUACCCUGUAGUACAUCAGCAAAGAAAUACAAGAUAUUAUUUACCUCCGUCCGCAUCCCAGCAGCAAUUUACUACUCAAGCCUCACAAAUUUCAUCUGUUGCUCAGCAGAAAAUUGCAAUCAGAUCUCGGGAGGACUUUCCUCCAUUACCUCAGCCACAAAGCAUUUCAGUUAAUCAGGAACGUUCUGAUGCUCAGACUGAGCAAAGCAACGAAUCAACAAAUGUUUCUGAUAAAAUCGAGCAGCAAGAUGGACCGAUAAUUCCAAAAGUGCCUUCUGAUUCAUCAGAACAACAGAAACUUGUUGAAGAAUGUCUGUCAAGUUCAACACAACAGCAGCGAAUAGAUUCAUCAAUUACUCAAGAAGCUUCUUCUAUAUCAACACACCAGUCACAACAAGAACAAACUGUACAGCAACAAAAUCGAUCAUUGGACCAAAAACUUGCCACUACAUCAACUCAGCAAGUGAUUUAUCCUCAUCUCCAGCAUGUUAGUCAAUCAGGUUGUGAAUUAGGUUAUCCUUUUUACCAGCAGUAUGGUAAUCAAUUGGUACACCCUGCAUAUCAGCAAUACAUAGGGCCAAACGGUCAACUAAUUCAUCAUAAUUAUCAGCAAGUUGGACCAAGUAGCCAAGUAGUUCCUAUGACAUUUCAGCAACAAAGUGUUCCAAGUUCUCAAUUAAUACCUUCGUCGGUUCAGCAGAGUGGUGUUCUGAGAAGUCCAAUGGUCGGUGCUACGUUUCAGCAGUUAAAUAGGAUGGAUAAUUUGAAAUGGCAACAGUCAGGUGUUUUACCUCAACAACCUCAAGUAAUGGGGAAUCAUUUGAAUAAUAAAACGUCAGAACAUCGUCCACAAAAGAAGAUGUAUGUUCCUACUAAUCAGCAGGGUAAUGUUGAUACUAAGGAAACGAUGCUCGAAAAAGUAGCAUUACUUCUUGAGCAAUCAGCUGGUUCUGAGAAAAAAACGGAUUCACGCCCGAAUGCAUUUAAUAAUAAUAACAACAAUCACUACAAUAAUAAUCGUCGUUUUGGAAACUUCCAAAACAAUCAGUGCCCGCAGAAUUGUAAGAACUGUCAAGAUUUUUGUGCAAAGCAGUGUAAUAGAUGUCGAAUCAGUAGAUUAUUAUUAUUAUAGAUCUACAUUCUCAUUGUAUGAGUUUAAGACUUAAAAAAUCGGUGAUUUGAAAAGUGAUUUUUUGAUUUUAUAAUUUUGCACCGUAAAAAUCGGUGAUUUCAAAUGUGAUUUUUUGGUUUUAUGAUUUUUUUACCGUGAAAAUCGUUGAUUUGAAAAGUAAUUUUUUUUUUAUUUUAUGAUUUUUCACAGUAAAAAUUGAUGUUGUGAAAAAUAAUUUUUUCAUUUGAUGAUUUUUCACCGUAAAAUCGGUGAUUUAAAAA